UCAUCACUUCCACCAAAAAAAAGAAUACCAACAGCUUAAUCAACUAUGGCUCACAAGCAGCACGACGACCAUCGAUCAUCCCCGCCACGGUCGAUCGAAGAGCUCAGUGGGAUCGCCCAGGUUCCGUUCGACGCUCGUCUGGCGAUCAAGUCCUACGUCCGGAGCUGUGAGAUGCUAUACCAGCAGGCUAAGAAGGAUGAGGAGCAGCUCGAACUGGCUUACAUCUACCUCUCCAGAGCAGCCAGGAUCAUCAUCCAUGACUUGCCCAGCCAUCCCGACUACCACCAACUACCACCCAGCUAUCAGGCUCAACUCAAAGCAGAUGGACUCAAAUACCUCGAAGCACUCCUGCCCAUCAAAUCCAAACUCAAACACCAACACCAACUGUACCAACAACAACACUCAUUCAGCCCAUCCCAAUCUUCCUCCCUCUCCAACACACCCCCACAACCCCAUCAACACCCCAAACAGAAAUCAUCCAUCUCCGACUGGACCCUCAUCGACUCCCCCGAACUAAGCUACGAACCACUACUCCCGAAACAACAACAACAACACUGCUCUCCACAUAAAAAACUCCACAAGAACCACCAUCUCUCAUCCCCCAUCACCCGGCGCUCCUCUUCCUCUAAAUCAUCACCCUCCACCUGCUCCGACUCGUCCACCAGCGUCUUGCCUUCUGCUGCAAUCAACAACCAUCGGAUCGUCAACCCUUUGGUCUGGCCCGUCGAGCUCGGAAACGGGCUCGGGAGGCCCAUGACCGUCGCACUCCCUCAUCACAACAGACCCUCUAGUCACAGGAAUCAUCACCAGCUCUCCGUCGAUCUCCCUGACUCCUCUCCUCCGACUCGAGAACAUCCUCAUUCCUCCAAGAAAAACCCACUCGCAUCGAGCCAGCCGAUCAGCUCCAGGAGCUUCCGUCAUCUCGGCCUCUACGAGCUCCAAGACCCUCCCAGCCCAUCUCACCAACCUUCUCCUCCGUCUCUCAAUCGCUCUGCAACUCAAAAAGAACAAGCCCAGGACAGUUUGAAAGCCAAGAAACAGAGGGCCAGUUGGGCCGACCGACGUCCACUCCCUGCUUCUGCCACCACCACCGACCCUCAAGAACCCUCGCAGAGCUUGGCCCGCUCGUUUCGCAGUCUGUUGAGACCCCGAAGACUCUCCUGGUCCUCCGCCUCCCCCACCGCGAUCACCAAGCCCCGUCGAGCUCCCUCGGUCGAGUCCUGGGCAUCCGUCCAGAUCCCCUCGCCUCCUCCUCCUCCUCCUCCUGUUGGUUUGGAGUCCCCGGCUCAUAUCCUUACUCCCCUCCAACAACAACAACAACAACAACAACAACAGACUCGGUCUCGGUCUCGAAGAGGAUCGCUCGGCGAACCGGCGUCUUGGCGAUGGCUGAAAGCCCUCAAAUCCUCCCCCGAUCCUUCUUCCCCUUCUGCUUCUCAACAACCGCCGUCCAAUGGCCCGUUAUACACCCACUUCCCAGCCCUAAUAUCUCCCGAGCUUCAUCCCUCUCGACCCAGACUCCCCUCCUUACCUUCUCCGUCUCCUUCUUCUUCUUCAACAGCACCGCCAAUUCAUCAUCAUCAUCAUCAUCAUCAUCAUCACCGGAAGGCUCAGCGUGAGACGAAGCGUAGAAAACUGCUCCUCUGUCCCGCUCAGCUCGUCGGCGCUUUCGUCGCCAUGGCUGAGCCUCAAACCGCCCAAGGAAUCGAACUCUGUGGGCUCUUACUCGGAUCGACCAUCGGAGAUCGGUUGGUCGUCAAUACUUUAUUGAUCCCCCGCCAGAUCUCGACCGCUAAUAGUUGUCAUACCGUCGACGAGGCCCAGACGUUCGAGGUCCAGAGUCGGGCCGGUUUGCUCACCCUCGGCUGGAUCCAUACCCAUCCUACUCAGACUUGUUUCCUCUCCUCGGUCGACCUUCAUACCCAUCUCUCUUAUCACCUCAUGCUCCCCGAAUCCGUCGCGAUCGUUUGUAGUCCCAAUAAACACCCCAGUGUGGGCGUGUUCAAGUUAGUCGAGCCUUCCGGCGUCGACUUCCUCCGACAAUGUCCCAACAAUCUGGACGCGUUCCAUCCGCACGACAUGGCCGACAACCUUCUCUACACCACGCCGGCGAGAAAUGAAUUUGUGUUUGUGGAGCCUGGGGGGCAGCAGGCUGAUGAUGAUGAUGUCGGCGACGACGGUGGUGGUGGUGGGAGCGUCGGACUCGACUUCGAGAUCAUCGAUUUGCGCGGGCCGGAGUAGCUAUUCCCGGGUCCUCUUCCUCUUUCUUCUCUCUUUGCUUCUUAUCGGUCUGCAGAUUGUUUUUUUUUGAAUGAGAGUGAGUGAUGAUGAAGAAAGAAACGGAUUCAAGUAUUUAGUGGCUUUUUUUUUGGGGGGGGGGGUAGAGGUAGAUGGCCUUGACCCGACAUCCUUCCUUUUUUUCCUCCUCCUCUUCCUGUUGGUUAUCUUCUCCAUUCGAAGUGUUGAGUUUUCAACUUCUCUGGCUACUCUUCCCCAAAUCACUCCCUCUUUUUCCCAUUUUUUCCAUCUGUUCCCUUUCAUGAAUCUUCUUGAUCUAGACUGAACUGUAGUCUUUCACUGCUGGUUUUGUGUUGAAUCUUAUGCACUUCUUGGAGUCUAAUUAGAACUAUCAAGAGCAAUUAUCAACAACUCCUGUCUUUCUGAUUGAUUCCUUUCUUUUUCUAGUUCACUAUUUGAUUCCUAAAAACUGAUUGUUAAGAAUUAACGCCUCUUAUUCAUUUGUGGUUGUGUGCAUGUUUUUUCAUGAUUAAUUUGCUAGCUUUUCUAAAAGAGACUGAGAAGAAUUGUCUGGCUGUUUCUUCCAUGAACUCAUUCAUUCCUUCCUCUCAGUUUUUAUUCAAAAUACUUUUUAUUCAAUUUCUCUCAAACCACAUUUUUAACCUUUUGUAUUUAGUCUAUUUAAAACAGGCUAGCUACAAGAAAUAAAACUCAUUGGUUCUUUCA